AUGUACGACUGCCCGCCGGACGGCGACAUCUGCAUCGAGGACUUCGAGAGGUUCGCCCUCGACCGCCUGAUCGUGCUGAGGAAGAUCGAGGAAGACCGGUCGGCAAGGAGGAGGGAAGAAGAGGUGCAGGAACGGGCUUUGAAGCUAUUCAAGCAGCAGAUCAAGGGACUAACGGAAGAGGAAGCCCAGCGGAGGGACGUCCAGUCACACUUCAUCUUGAGGCUUGCAUACUGCCGCACAGAGGAGCUCAGGCGCUGGUUUCUCACACAGGAAUGCGACCUAUUCACCAUGAGGCUGCGCAACCUGCCGGCCAGACAGCAGGUUCAAUUCCUGGAGGCCAACAACAUGCCCUACGAAAUGAUAAAUGAUGCUGAGUUCCACAGCAUCAAGGCACAGCUGGCCGCCACCUACCUCUCCCAGUACAACAAAAGAGAGGAGGCUGAGGCCGUUAGGUCCGGCAGGCGCAAGACUUUCUUCAAGGUUCCUUUUGAACAAGUUCCAGACCUCCUCUACCAUAGGCGUGUGUACAUUCAGCAGGGCUUUGCAUAUGUGCCCUGCGAGCACCUGUCAUCUUUGGUGGUGGGACACUUCCGUGCAAGGCUGUCUAAGGAGCUGACACUGCUUGCAAGGAAAUGGGAAGAUGUAUCCUCCAUGGAAGCCGAUCGGCUUACUCCCAUGUUGGAAGGGCUUCAGAGCAGGUACUUGGGACCCGAGGUUGGGGAAAGUGUUGGUGAGGGCGCAACCAUCCAACAGCUGCCCUCCCUGGCGUACAAGUCCUUCCCCCUCUGCAUGCAGCACCUCUUCGAACGGCUAAGACAGGACAGCCACCUGCGGCACCAGGGCAGGAUGCAGCUGUCGCUGUUCCUCAAGGGGAUCGGCCUCUCCCUGUCAGACGCGCUGCAAUUCUGGCAGACCCAGUUCGCGCCCAAGAUCCCUUUGGAAAAGUUCCAGAAGGAGUAUGCGUACAACAUCCGGUACAAUUACGGGAAGGAGGGUAAGCGGCAGGAGCUCUCGCCCUACAGCUGCAUCAAGCUGGUGUCGAUGACGCCCCAGGUGGGCGAGCACCAUGGCUGCCCGUACAAGACCUUCAGCGAGCCGCAGCUGCGAGCCGCACUGUCGAGGCUCAAUGUUGCGCCCAGGUCGAUCACUGAGGCGGUGAACAAAGCGAAGGCCGGGCACUACCAACUUGCGUGUGGUGCCGCAUGGGAAGGGAAGCACGGCUGCCCCUGUGACGCGGGCGUUCAGCACCCCAAUCAGUACUACAGGGAGAGCCGGGCGACCAUAGAGCGGCAGCAGAGCAGCGCAGGGCCGUCCACGCCGGCCACGCCCGCCGCGCGGCCGCAAGGUGGGCAACUGCGAGGUGGGCCUGCGACCGCGCCCGCAAAGCUUGGCACAUCAUGGCGCAGUUGA